GGGAGGGGAGGUCUGAAGAGUGCAUGAGCCUGCGGAUGACAGCGUCGGCCUCUGGAGGCGGGCGGAGGGGCGGUCGCUCGCGGAGCGAGGCGCCUCGGAUGCCGAUGCCCGGCGUGCUCCCGUACGCCCCGCCGCCCCCGCCGCCGCUCACCAGGGAGGCCCUCGCGGCACUGCCUCCGCAGGCCCAGAAGCAGCAGCUCGGCGAGCGGCUCUUCUCCCUCAGCUUCAGGUACCGCCCCGACAUCGCCGGAAAGGUCACGGGGAUGAUGCUCGAGCUCGACAACAACGAGAUCCUCGGCCUCCUCCAAGACGAGGUCAGACUGCGGCGGAAGAUCGACGAGGCCGUGGGUGUGCUCCAGAAGCAGGCCGCGGCCCCGGCGGCCGCGGGCCUGCCGCCGGCCAAGUGACCGCGGCGGCCGCGCGCCGCGGCCGCGCGCCCCGGGCUGGGCGCCCGCCGCCGCCUGGAGCCGGAGAUGUUCUGUUCGGCCCCAGCGGUCCUUCAAGGGUUGCCAGGACCACCAACCAUGUGCCGAGCCAAGCCUUGGCUGCGCAGCUGCGCUCUCUUUGCGCCGCCUCCGAAGUCUUUGUUUUGAAGCCGUCUGAGGCGGGCGCCCACACCAGAUAGUGGAUAGUCGGGUCGUAGUGUAGAUAGGCUUGUGACAGCCGCAACCAGAGAUAUGUCACGUCGCGGGGAA